GGUAGCUUAUAAAUAGAGAAGCGAAAAGGGCGGGGAAGCAAGCGAGUGAGAGAGAGCGAGUCAAAGGACACCGCGUCUCUCUGCAACUAUAUAUUACUCUUAAAUUCUUGCUUGCUCUUCCAUUUCUUCUGUUAGAGCUCGCUCUUUUUGCUCACAGUUGAGAUAUGGAGACCUUCCUUUUCACUUCUGAGUCUGUCAAUGAGGGACACCCUGACAAGCUCUGCGACCAAGUCUCAGAUGCCAUUCUUGAUGCCUGCCUAGAACAAGACCCAGAGAGCAAGGUUGCCUGUGAGACCUGUACAAAGACAAACAUGGUUAUGGUCUUCGGUGAGAUCACCACCAAGGCUAAAGUAAACUAUGAGAAAAUCGUUAGAGAUACUUGCAGAGGCAUUGGGUUUACAUCAGCUGAUGUUGGUCUUGAUGCUGAUAAGUGCAAGGUCCUCGUCAACAUUGAGCAACAAAGCCCUGAUAUUGCCCAAGGAGUUCAUGGCCAUCUCACCAAGAAACCAGAGGAAAUUGGAGCUGGUGAUCAAGGCCACAUGUUUGGGUAUGCCACUGAUGAAACACCUGAGCUUAUGCCACUAACUCAUGUGCUGGCCACUAAACUUGGUGCUAAGCUUACUGAGGUUAGAAAGAACAAGACAUGUCCGUGGUUGAGACCUGAUGGUAAGACCCAAGUUACUGUUGAGUAUAAGAAUGAAAAUGGAGCCAUGGUUCCUGUUAGGGUUCACACAGUUCUGAUUUCAACACAACAUGAUGAGACUGUCACCAAUGACCAGAUUGCAGCAGACUUGAAAGAACAUGUGAUUAAGCCUGUAAUCCCUGCUCAAUAUCUUGAUGACAAGACUAUCUUCCACCUUAACCCUUCAGGUCGGUUUGUCAUUGGAGGACCCCAUGGAGAUGCAGGACUCACUGGUCGAAAGAUUAUUAUUGACACAUACGGUGGAUGGGGAGCUCAUGGUGGAGGUGCCUUCUCUGGGAAGGAUCCUACUAAAGUGGACAGAAGUGGUGCUUAUAUUGUUAGACAGGCAGCAAAGAGUGUGGUGGCCUCAGGGCUUGCGAGGCGAUGCAUUGUGCAGGUUUCUUAUGCAAUUGGCGUGCCGGAACCAUUGUCAGUCUUUGUGGACACUUACAAGACUGGGAAGAUCCCAGACAAAGAUAUUUUGGCAUUGAUCAAGGAGAAUUUUGACUUCAGGCCCGGAAUGAUUGCUAUCAAUCUUGACUUGAAGAAAGGAGGCAACUUCAGGUACCAGAAGACUGCUGCCUAUGGUCAUUUUGGCCGUGACGACCCAGAUUUCACUUGGGAGACUGUCAAGCUCCUCAAACCCAAGGCCUGAGUGUUCUGGGCUUGGCUUGGUGGUGGUGUUAUUAUCUCUGCCAGCAUUCUGCUGGUUGAGGGAGAAUAAAGAAGCUUCAGCACAUGAAUCUGAUAUUGCAUUGAAAAUUUCAAGGCCCAAGAGAUGAGUCAUUUGUGAUGUGUGCUAUAAGUCGAGCUAGUAGAUUGGUUAGGAACCACAGUAUUCAUUGUCUUUCCUUUAUAUUUUCUUUUAGACUUAUACAUUGACCAAUCUAUUUGGUUUCCGUUAAUGAGAAUUCUAUCAUGUCAUUUCUUUGC